CCUCUCCUCUCCUCUCCUCUCCUCUCCUCUCCAUCCAUCCAUCCAUCCCUCCCUCUCUCCCUCCCCCCCUUCCCUUCCAAACCCAUGCUCUGCAAAGGGGGGAGAUUGACACAGCAGUUUCUGCCCAGGGUGUAUGAGUGCGCACAGGAGAGAGCGCACAGACAGGAUUAUAGUCGGUGAAGGAGGCAGCGGAGGACAAUAACGGAUUAAAAGAGAGAAACAACAGGAAUAAAAGAAUGAAUAAGAGAUGAGGAAGAAACUAAAAGAAGGAACUAGAAGAGAGGAAGAAUAAAAGAAGGGAUCACAGACCACAUAAAUCUACAUCAAGGAUGUGGGACCUUUGCUCCGGACCGUGAAAGUGGGACUUUGAGAAGUGGUCAAACACAAGGAAAUCAAACUGCAACCAAGAGACAGAAGACAACAACUUACUUGCAGGUGGUCUUCUCAGUGGCCCAAGUACCACCUCCAGGCUGGAGACCUGAUAUCUAGGAGCAGGACAGAGUUUGUCCUCCCACCCAAGACCCACUCUGGUGUCCAAUGGUGCCAUGGGAACAAGCAGGUCCAACAGGUACAGCAUUGUGUCAGACAUUUUACCAGAGGAGGAGCGCCAGAAGAUCUCUAGUUUAGGACUACAUAACGGCCACAGCUCGCCCAACUUCCAACCGGACUCGGCCUGCGAGAAAGACACAGAAGAUAGAAGAGGGAGGUCCUCCAGAGCCUCUGCUGCAGUGCCCAGCACAAGGGUACAAGGAGGGAUGAACAACUACAACGGCAAGAUUCUGACAAGGGGCUCCAACCAAGUGAGGAGCCGUUUUGUAAAGAAAAAUGGGCAGUGUAAUGUUAUAUUCACCAACAUGGAGGAAAAGAGGCAGCGCUACCUGGCUGAUAUCUUCACCACCUGCGUGGACAUCCGCUGGAGAUACCUGCUGCUUGUAUUCUGCACCAGCUUCAUGGUCUCGUGGCUUUUCUUUGGUAUUAUCUUUUACACUGUAUCCCUGGCACAUGGGGACUUUGAGGAGCAACCUAUGGUGAAAAGUGAGGUGCUGGCGAUGGGGGGACUGCAUGGGCCCACCUCUGGACACACAGCUGGAGGGCAGGCACAAAGGAUGCCCUGCAUACUUCACGUCCAUGGCUUUGUUGGGGCACUCCUGUUCUCCAUGGAAACCCAGACCACCAUUGGCUAUGGCUGGCGCUGUGUUACCGAGGAAUGCCCCGUCGCUGUGCUAACCGUGGUUAUCCAGUCCAUCGUGGGCUGCAUCAUUGACUCCUUUAUGAUUGGCACCAUUAUGGCCAAAAUGGCACGUCCAAAGAAGAGGAACCAGACCCUCAUGUUCUCCAAAAAUGCAGUCAUCGCAAUGCGCGAUGGCAAGCUGUGCCUCAUGUGGAGGGUGGGCAACCUGCGGAGGAGCCACAUCGUGGAGGCUCAUGUCCGUGCCCAGCUCAUACGUUCAUAUGUCACCGCUGAGGGUGAGUUUAUCCCCUUAGAGCAGAUGGACCUCAAUGUGGGCUAUGAUGAGGGCACAGACAGGCUGUUUCUAGUAUCCCCGCUGGUAAUAAUCCAUGAGAUAGAUAAAGACAGCCCCUUGUACACUUUAAGCCGAGCUGAUCUGGAGACAGAUGACUUUGAGAUCGUUGUGAUCUUGGAGGGGAUGGUGGAGGCCACAGCCAUGACCACGCAGUUCCGUAGCUCCUACCUUGCCAGCGAAGUUUUCUGGGGUCACAGGUUUGAGCCUGUGAUCUAUGAGGACCGGAACUGCUACAAAGUAGACUAUGGUCGUUUUCACAAGACGUACGAGGUGUCCUCAACGCCCCACCUCAGCGCCAAAGAGCUAGAUGAAGCCGCAAGCCGGGCCUCCACUGCUUCCCCCGUUUCUGCAUGUAGAACCACAGAGGACUUGAUUCCCAGGUCACUGAGCGCCUUUUGUUAUGAGAACGAGGUAGCACUGAGCUGUGGGGAGGAAGAGGAUGACAUCUUCGACUCCUCUCAGACUGUAGGGAAGGAGAGGGCAGAGGAGAGGAGGACUUCGGUUUCUGUAGACUUUCAAAAUAUGUUCCAGGACACUGCGACAAUGACAUCAGGCAGUCACAACGUCAUGUGUGUUCUGGACAUGGACAAUAACCAGAUGGAGUUUGACAUCCUACAGACUGCCAUCCCUCUUGAUCCGGUGACCUAUAAGAGCGAGCAAGAGAUCUAAAGAGCGCAGGCGGAGUGGAUUGUCAGGCGUUCAGCUGCGGACAGCAUGUACUAAAAUGUAAACCCCCUUUGCCUUGCCAGUGUUGUUUAUUUACGUUUGUUCGUUUUUGAGAGAUUAAGAAAAAGAAACAACUUUUGGCACACGCAACUGCAUUCCUCGAAGAGCCAUAAUGAUAAACCAGACUGAUUCUGCAGCAGGACAAAGAAUCUCUGACAAGGCGCUGGUGGGCUUUUGGCACCCUUAUAUUACGAUUUCACAACCAAAGGAAAGCACAAUAGCAGGACAAAAAAAAAAAUCUGGAAACUUGAGUCAUGCAUAAGACUGUAUCCUACAUUUUGCAUAGACAACAAUGUACUUUAUUUACUGUAAGAAUUUAAGUUUUUUUUCUGUGAAUACAAACAAGAGAUUUAAUGAAAGCAAUAGCAGUUUUGGUGUUACUCUCUUCCUUUUUGAAGAGGACUGAGGUCACGACUUACACAGUCAGUUUUUAAGACAUACUGUUUUAUUGAAGCGUGGUGGAUUGAUGCUUGAUAAUCUCCAUGUUGUUUAUGGAUUUUAAUGGUCAUCAUGCCUGCAAUAGUUCCCUUCAAAGUCUGCUAUUUGCACUUAGGUGAGACUGCUUGAUUUUCUUCAGUCUUUUCCUGUAACACAUGAAAAAAACCUCGGAACCUUGGAAGGCAUCACUUCAUUUGAAAUCUUACGUUAAAAACAUAAUUCUGCGCUCAAAGCAAAGCUGAGUUUCAAGAGAAUAUAUUGAAAACAGAAGUGAAUAUUUAGUUUAUUAUCGAAGAAUACCUUUAGUAGAUUAUAGAUGCUUAAAAGAGCCUAACUUUUAUUUCUUUAUUAUUGAUAUCAACAUUAAGUGAAGUAGGUAUUUUGUUCACUUUAUAGAUCACUUCGAAAGGUUUUUCUCAGUUUGUUUCUUGUGGAGGCUGCAGCCAGUGAUAACAGAAACAAUACUGAGAACUGCCUUUAUUUCAUGUUUGUGCUGUUGUUCGCCAAAGGUCUGGGGUCGGAGAGUAAAGUUCGAAGCACCUCUCAUUAAUGAUUUGGAAACUGGGGUGCAUGCAGCCUAAGUGUACUCAUUGUCUUUUGACAGUAGAAAGGUGUGAAGCCACCAUAACGCACAGCAGGAAACAAAGGGAUGGAGGCUGAGGAGUGUCUGGAAAUGUGCAAUAAGUCACUGGAUUGGGACAGUGAGAGUAAAGUGUAACUGUAUGUCAGGUAAAGUAGAUGAUAUGAAAGGGACAGGGACAGUAAAACAGCAGGAUCAGUCUACUGGGGGAGGCAGGUGGUAUAUGAAAACAGUAACUCAUAGAGAAAAUAGAUCUAACUAGUCUGAAAUACUUGAAAUUCAUCUUAAUGACUGUAAUAUUUGGUACUUCACGCAAACUGAAACACAUGUUUAAUUUAGCCACAGCAACAUUAAGGAUAUAAAAUGACUGUAUUUUGGGAAGUAUUUCCCUGUCCCCUGUGUAGAGGGUCAUGCAGAAGUAAACCUGCUACACCUGAUGAAACUGCAAAUCUUGUUCUUGAAAGACUUUUACUGUUUUGGGUUUUUUUGUUUGUUUGUUUUUAUUUGUGAAUUUCUUGCUGCUGGUGAUGUCGCUAAUAAGCAGGCGUUUUGUAUCAAUAUGGCGAGAGAGACUGACCGCAGAGAUCAUGUGCAUCUGAGCAGCGAGCAUUCAGUAAGUUUAGAUUUCAGAGUUUAAGUUGUCAUGUCCCAGAAUAUCCCAGAACAUGAUAAGCAUAUAUGACAAUUUCACUGACAAACGUACACUGCCAGCCAAAACAAGAAGCAACGUAUUCAUAAAUGCAUGAUGACUACCUGUAUGUGUAACUUCUAAGUAAGAUAACUCUUACUACAGCCCCUGUAACAGACAGCUGUACUGUACUGCACUGUACUGUAUGAAUGUGUACUGCAUAUAUGUUAAUGAUUUACGUUUGAUGGCUAGGUAUUAAACAGCACAGCAGGACUGCCAGAGCUGCCAUUCAGAGUUCUGGACAGUUUCCGGAUGUUUAACUGUUGAAAGAUACCUCAGUUUGAUUUUCUUUUACUGAAUGUGUUGAUUGCUCCAAGUGCUUAAAUGUUGUUGUUGGGUUUUUUUUUUUUAAACUCCUGAGAACUUGGUAUCACAUUUUAAGUAUUCUUUGAAUUGUUUGCAUGCUCUUAACCCUGUUACUGUGCAUACUGGCUCACUGGCAAAUGUUUCACUGGGCUUAAAAGAACUGAGCCAUCGUCAUUAGUUCCAAAUGUCCAUUUUAUGCCGUGUAAAAGGACCUAUCGGUGGGCUCUCAGACCCGACCUGGAGCUUCGAAAUAGUGCUUUAUUAGAUGCAGGUAUUAAAACAUGUAGACAGUGUCAGUAUCUCAAGUAACACACAUGCAAUGCAAUAUGUUUUUUGGUUUUUAUUCCUGGUGACUAGUCAUUCCAAUUGAAUAAAAAGUCAUUAAACAGUUGGAGCUCCACUAACGUCUUUAUUAAUUUUAUAAUUUCAUUUCAGGUUAUUCAUCAUGAAAGUACUUUUAAAGGUCAGUCCAAAUUUUUCAGAAAAAUACAGUGUGGUACAGUGUUUGACUGGCAGUGUAUAACAGUCUGUCCGUGAUGGUGGUUUUGAUUGUAUAACUAGCUCAUAAUUACAUUUCAAAAAGUGAAGGGGAACCAAUUUGUGUACAAGAAACCAACCCCAUCAUGUUUAAAAAAUGCAUUUUCUUUUCUUUGCUUCCUGCUUUGUAAAAUCCAGUGAUUUACUUCGAGACAUAUGCACUCAGCAAUCUCUUGAACUUACUGAAAUAAGCUGAAAAGAAAAAAA